UCUCAUUUCCUGGUAAAUCAUGCGUCCAGUAAUCAAAUGUAUCUUUCUCAAUUGACAGUGCUUCAAUCAUUAACGUUUCUUUAUUGUUACGGAUGUUUCUUUUUUUUGUUGAAGUAUACAAUUAAAUAAUAUUAUUGACGUUACAUAAUAAAUGACAGUUACUAAAAUUUAUUAAACACAUCUACGAAAUGUAACAACAUAUCGGCACAGUUAAGAAUUUGUAACUAUUUUACAAAAAGAAAAUCUGGUAUUGUUGUUCUCACUCAUAUAUGUGUGGAUAGAAUUUAGAAAUGGCAACUGGAAGUAGCAGUUUUAUAAGUAAACCAGCCAGAGGUUGGUUACACCCUGAUCAUUUAGUCAGUAAAGAAGGAAUUACUUACACAGUGAAGUACAUAGGAUGUCUUGAAGUGUACACGUCCAUGAAAAGCUUAGACUUCGAAACAAGAUCUUGUGUUGCCAAAGAAUGUAUAAAUAGAGUUUGUGAAGCAGCAGGAUUAAAAUCUGCAGAUAAGAAAAGAAGGGUGGAUAAGAAAGUGCUUAAGGCAAUAGCAGACAAGCCUCGCAUGGAGCAUACAGGUGCUACUAUAAAUUUAACUAUUAGCAGUUGCAGUUUAGCCUUAACCAAUAUAGAAACUGGACAUACCAUUGCCAAGCAUGAAAUGCCGCGAAUAUCUUUUGCCUCUGGUGGAGAUACGGAAAUAUUGGACUUUGUUGCAUACGUUGCAAAGAAUAUGCAAGAGUGGCGUGCUUGUUACGUAUUAGAAUGUGGAGGUGGAUUAGCACAAGAUGUUAUAUCCACUAUUGGGCAAGCCUUUGAAUUACGAUUUAAAGAAUUUCUUACAAAACCAGCUUCAUUACACCCUAUGUUGAAUGGUAUGCGGGAAGCAGACAGAGAUUAUUAUAAUGAUCUUCCAGGCAAGGUACCACCCGAUAUAGGACCUCCACCAGUACCACCUUUACCAACUGCAGCAUCAACGUUACCCAAUUUAAAACAUCAUUCUGGACAAAAUCAUGUAACACGAAGCAAUGCACAAAAUUCUGUUCUGCAUGACUCAUUUUCUUCCAAUUCUGACAGACAUCAGCAGUGGGCAGAGACUGGUAAUUUAAUUGAUUUAAAUUCUGAUGGUACCACUGCAAAUUUCAAUAUGCCUCCAGAACAUAAUUACGUAAAUGACAGUGUAAUAGCAGCAAACAGAGAAAGCCAUCGUGAUCAAACAUCACUUUUCGAUGUAUUUGAUAUGCAACCAUUUAGUUCUGCAAUCUCAGAUAUGAAUAGAUUAAGUCCACAUUCUCAAAAGCAACAACUAAAGCAAGAAAUAUGGUUUCACGGCAGCGUUAGUCGCGCUGAAGCAGAGUCUAUGCUUACACGAGAUGGCGAUUUUCUGGUUCGUGAAUCUCAAGGUUCACCGGGCCAAUAUGUUCUGACCGGUAUGAAUAAUGGAACACCAAAACAUUUAUUGUUAAUUGAUCCAGAAGGUGUUGUUCGCACAAAAGAUCGGGUUUUUGAUAGUGUAAGUCAUUUAGUUAAUCAUCACUGUGACAAUGUAUUACCAAUUAUAUCAGCGGACAGCGUUUUAGUACUUCGUCAUCCAAUUCCUAGACGUACAAAUAAUUAAUUUGUACAGAAUUAUACUAGUGUCCAAAAGAAUAGGUACUAUUCAUAUUUGAUAUCUCAUGAUUGCAUUAACACUUAAUAUAAAAGAAUAUCGUUGCCUCGUACGAUGCUUUCAGUAAUAAUUAAAAAAGAUCCGUCAAUCGAUAUAAAGAACAGAUAUACUGAAGAUUUUAGGCUAUCAGUAUUUUUACUUUCAAAUUGUAACUAUGCUAAAGUGUAGUUUAUCAAGUUUUCCUCUAUAUUCUUACUAUAAAAUGAAGAGAUGUUAAUAUCUUACAAAUAAAAAGAUUUAAUAAAUGUCACCUUACUAUUAAUAAUAAUGAUGUCAAAAUGCACAAAAGGAGAUUAUAUUCAUAAUUUUUUAAAUUAUUACUGUUUAUGAAAAUUGGCACAUUGGAUGCAGAAAAUAUCUAAAUGUAUCAAUUGUUUUGAUAAAGAAUUAUAUCUGCAAGUGAUAUAAUUAAAAAGAAGAUAGCUUUCAUAUUAUUUUCCAUGCUUUAUUUAUUAAUUUUGAUGUUAUACAAAUUUCAAUAAUUUUUCUGUAAAUCUAUUCUAUUGUAAUAUGAAAAUAUUUUAUAAAUAUAAACACUUUUAGUAUCAUCGAAGUAUUUAAAAGUAAGAAUUUUUCGUGAAACUUAAAUUAGAUAAAUUUUUUUAAAUUUGGCAAAAUAAAUUAUUUAAUAUAAUUCAAUACUAUACCAAAUAUUAUAUUGUUUGAUUAAUUAUAUACAAUAUACGAUUAUGCCAUUCAUUUUCAUGUACAUACAAAUCUGAAGAUAGAUUUUUAUAUGUACUAUUAAUACAUCUCAAAAUGUGCCACAAUCUCAAAUGAUAAUUCACUUCACCGAGUAAAAUAGAACAAUAUCUUUAAAUUUGUAUGUAAUUUGUAUCAUAUAGAUCAUGAAUUUCAUAAGGAACACUUUUGUGACUUUAUUAAUUUCAUGUUAUAGGUCUUAUUCUACAAUCAUUCGAAUUAAUAUGCAAAGAUAUAUAUUUUUACGAAUUUUGUAUGUUUCUUGUUAUAUAUUAUUUUCAUUUGACAUUUGUAAAACAUUUACCACUUGUAAUUUUAAUCUUUAAUAGAUUGAACAUGUUUCAUA